AUGGCGGGUCGUGAGAAAACGCCUCUCAGCAGGUUAGAGCAGUCGCCUUCUCACCCCCCUCUUGCGCCUGCGGGAGAGACGGCCCCGGAAGAUGAUAUCGACACCGAUGAAGGGGGCCGCCCGACGGUCGCAGCAUCAUUAGGCAGCUCAGAUACGGACUCGGCUCUGGGGAUGAGCGAUGAUUCAAAUUCGACAUCAUCACUGCGCUCCAGUAUCUUUGAGAUGGAGGAGGAAAAUGGACGGUUGUAUCAUGCAUACAACCGAGGCAGAUAUAUCUUGCCCAGUGAUGAGGGUGAGAGUGAACGCCUGGACGUUCAACACGAGCAUUUCUUACAGACAUUCUACAACCGCCUGUGCUUUGCGCCGGGCGCGCCAACGGCUAAGCGAGUGCUUGACGCAGGUACCGGCACCGGCAUAUGGGCAAUAGAUUUUGCCGAGGAAUACCCUAACGCCGAAGUCUACGGCGUUGAUAUUGCCCCCAUCCAACCUCCCUAUGUGCCUCCGAAUUGUCGUUUCGAAAUCGACGACUUGGAACAAGAAUGGACGUGGACGGAGCCAUUCGACUACAUCUUCAGCCGCAUGAUGAACGCCUCCUUCGCUGAUUGGACUGCCUACACGAGGAACUGUUGGAACCAUCUAAAUUCGAAUGGCUGGGUUGAGAUGGUCGACAGUGUGUUCCCCCUGGGGUGCGACGACGGGUCACUGACCCCCGAGCACACACUGUAUGAAUGGUCGCAACUACUCCUGCAGGCCUCCCGGAAAUUUGGACGGUCCUUGGCCGACGCAAAGGACCAUAAGCAGCGGCUGCGCGACCAGGGCUUCAUCAACGUCGUGGAAAAGAGCUUCAAGUGGCCGACCAAUGGAGAGUGGCCCACCACCAAGCAUCUCAAGAACAUUGGGAACUGGACGCAUUUCAACAUUGACCGCUCGCUGGAAGGCUUGAGCAUGGCCCUGCUCACCAGAGGGCACGGCUGGACCCAAGAAGAGGUGCUUGCCUAUCUGCCAGCAGCGAGGAAGGACAUGCGGGACCCGACGAUCAAGGCCUACUGGCAUGUGCUCGUGGUGUACGGCCAGAAACCAGAUCUCCCGGCAGGCGACGAGUAG